AUGAGUUCGGAAGUGAGUACUCCAAUGUCGGUGGAGUCCGAUAGUUCCAGAUGGCGGACUGUGAGCAUGACAGUAGGCGGAGACGAUUGUGAAGAUGAGGCUGAGGUGAAUGAUCUCAGAGAAAGUUUGCGAGCAUGGAGUUCACUAGCUAGUCCAUCUUCCAGCGCAGUUGACCAACCAGUGAUCGAAUUUUCGCCGGACUGCGAAUCUGACUUCGAUGCAGUGCUCAACAGUGUCUUUGCAGAUAAAAAUCGUUUGUUUCAACCACUUUCUGAUGACACUUUUGUUGAGGAAGUAUUUGUUGAAAAAAAACCGAAAAUACUGAAUGGCUAUCUAUUUGGAGAGAGAAUUGGGGAAGGCUCAUAUGGAAAAGUUAAAGAAGUGCUAGAACAAGAUACUUUAGUUAGAAGAGCUGUAAAAAUUAUCAAAGAAGCACGACUAAGGAAAAUUCCGAACGGUCAUGCUAACGUUGAACAGGAAUUGAGAAUAUUGAAGCGAGUAAGACAUCGCAAUGUCAUUGCCUUACGCGACUUUUUUCGUGUUGACGACAAACAGAAGUUGUAUAUAAUAUUGGAGUACUGUAUUGGUUCGAUGCAACAACUUUUAGAUGGAUCUAAAGAAAAAAAGUUGCCCGAGUAUCAAGCACAGUAUUUUUUCAGGCAACUUUGCGAUGGUUUAAGUUAUCUUCAUGCUCAUGGCAUAAUACACAAGGACAUUAAGCCGGGUAAUCUGUUAGUCACUUUGGAUGGAACGCUCAAAAUUAGUGAUUUUGGAGUAGCUGAAAUGCUCGAUACAUUUCAAGCAGAGGAUUGGUGUACAGUUGUUCAGGGUACUCCGAAAUUUCAACCUCCCGAAAUUGUUUCGGGAAGUUCUGAAAAUUAUCGAGGUCGAAAAGUGGAUAUAUGGGCUUGCGGUGUAACGUUGUAUAAUAUGGUGAGUGGUGAAUAUCCAUUCGAAGGUGACGUUAUCAUGCGCCUUUUUGACAAUAUCGCCAAUCAGCCUCUGCAAAUGCCACAAAGUGUGCGGUUAUCGAGAUCAUUGGAAUAUUUGCUUACUUCUAUGCUCGAUAAAGAUCCGGAAAAACGUAUGAAUAUGCAUGAUAUUAGAAGAUGCGAAUGGUAUACGCAAAAAGUGAAUGUCGACGAAUUACAUCGUGUUCCGAUAUCGGCAUGUAACAAUGUACCAGCCCAUCGUCCACUGAGCAUAUAUGUACAACUCGAUCAGCUUUACGGACCAGCGCUUGAAGAAGAUGAUGGAUCACACUCUGAGUACCCGCGAAACAUGAUUUCUGCAGUGAUUGUUGAGCCAUCACUUGAAGAUCGAAAUGUUGAUGAACAAGUGCUACUCAAUGAAACAAAACGAAAUCGUAGCAUAUUAUCUAUGUGUAUGGGUUUAUCGCGAUCGCCAUGA